CUCUAAAUUCUUACAGUUCACGUGACAGACAUGGCACACACUCGGGGCUGCGCUGCAUCAUAAACAUCUAAGCUCUAAGGUCUGUCGGGACCUCACUUCAAAACUCCAGUGUUUCUAUCUUCGCACAGGAGGUAACGGCGCCGAUCAGACCGGGGGAGCAGCGUUGGUGUGAGCGCAGCAGCAGCGGAGUCAAGUGCAGCGGAGAGAAGAGCCACCUGCGCACGCAGCACACACAUCUCUGGGCUUUUCCCUUACUUCUGCUCUAAUGAUGAAAGUCUUUCAGCCUUCAACCGCUCUCUUCAUCGCCUCGUGGGCGGUUAUAGGUUACAUUCAAGCUGUUACCCUAGAAGUAAAAGAGGGGAACUCUACCUGCAUCAAAGCUGAGCUGUCUGCAUUGAUCUCCAUCACCUACAGCACAUCCAACAGCACAGGAACAGGGCGGGUAUCUCUGCCCGACUCCACCAGCGUCAACGCAACAAGAAGCUCAUGCGGUACAGAUGGCGGCUCACCGUGGCUAGUGGCAGUUUUCGGAUUUGGCCAUGAACUCGGAAUGAGCUUCUCAACGAAUGAUAGAGUCUACAGUGUCACUAACUUGACUCUGCAGUACAAUCUAAGUGACAGUUCACUCUUCCCUGAGGCCAACAGCUCUGAUGUGGUCACUGUGACUUCUGCUGCGGUUGGGAUCUCAGCACCGAUCAACACCACCUACCGGUGUCAGAGCCCUUCCACCAUCACACUUGGUGGAGCUACAGUCACUUUCUCUGAUAUGAGGCUGGAGGCGUACAUGCCAGGAAAUCAGCUAAGUCCAACAGAGAGUCUAUGUGUGGCAGAUCAAAAUAGCACAACAACUCCAGCCACCCCUACAACUACCAUGACAACAACAACAAAACCUCCAGCACCAGCUCCACCAGGAACUCCUGAACAGGGUUCCUACUCAGUAAAGGACAGCAACGGUACUGUAUGUCUCUUGGCAAAGAUGGGACUGCAGCUCAAUGUCUCCUAUGUGCCCGAGUCUCAGAACAAGACUGUCCAAGAACUGGUCAACCUGACUCCCAAUCUGACCCUUUCAUCAGGAUCAUGUGGAACCAGCAGCGCCACCUUAACUUUGACACAAGAGCAAACCACCUCUCUUAGCUUCUCCUUCACUAUGAACUCAACAUCCAAUAAGUACCACCUAAGUGGGAUAAAUCUGCUGGCUAACUGGUCCAAUAUGGCUGUUCCAUUCUCAGCCAAUAACACCAAUCUUGACUAUUUACGGAGCACGGUGGGCCGUUCUUACAUGUGCAACACUGAGCAAACUCUGGUUGUGGCACAAAGUUUCUCUCUCAACACAUUCAAACUUCAAGUCCAGCCGUUUGGCGUCACAACAAACCAGUUUGCUGCAGCUGAGGAGUGUCAGAUGGACCAAGACCAAAUGUUGAUCCCCAUCAUUGUUGGAGCGGCGCUUGCCGGACUCGUGCUGAUCGUCCUCAUUGCAUAUCUAAUAGGCAGGAAAAGGAGCCACGCUGGAUACCAAACCAUUUAAGCAGGCCUGUUGCUUAACUCAAGUCAGACAGACUGAACGGUGGAGAAAUAACCCAAGCGUGUGAAAGCAAGUAAUAGACUGUGUAAACAAGCAUGAGUGAAUGGGAGCAGUUGUCUCUGGCGAGUGCAUGCAUAUCCUAUGCGAAUUCUGGAUAUUUUGUUUCCUUUCAUUUUCUCUGUGGAUGAUAUAAGCCAAAUGCCUGCUAACUUUAGAUGGUGUGCAUCGGGAUGAAGCCCAAGAGGACUGAGACUCAAAGAUAAAAGAAGUUUGAAUUCGCAUUAGCCGCCUCUACUCCGUUUUUGUAUUCUAGGCAUUUGACUGGAUUUGCUUGAACUGCUGAAUGUCGUUUUUAGCUUUGUGAUUAGUCAUGCUACUAAAGGAGCAGGGGGAGACAACUGUGAGACCUUGUUUAACAAUCAACAGUACUUCAAGUUUGCAGGAGUUUUAUUCCAUUAUACACAUUUUCAACUUCAUUUGUGUAUGAUGUUCCAUUACGAAAAGGGAAAGCUCUGAAUGCAUCUUUUCCAAUCACAUUCCUUCACAAUGAAGAUCAGUGAAAAAAAAGUUGUGGGAUUUUUCAACUUACCCUUUAAAAAAAAUAUACAUAUAUAUACACACACAUACUAAUAUUUAUAUUAUGUAUCAGGCACAAAAAUCCUUCCAUCCAAACACAAGAAUGUCACAAGAGCUAUUCUAACAGCUGCAGUGUAACAUAAGAUGCUCACAUUCAAGUAAAACAUAUUCACGCAGCUGGCAGGCUCAGACUGUAUUAUGGAAUUGGUACUUAAAAGGGACAGAUCAUUUUUGUUUAUCUUUUGCUUUUUUUUUCUCCCCCUCAGCUAAUAUAAUUUAACCUUGCAUUUAGGAAAUGUGGCAUUUUAUAUUUACACAGAUGUAUCUGAAAAUAACUUUUUAGGUUGAGGUAGGGAAUAAAAGCAAACAUGAACCUCUAAAUCACUCCAAUAUUCCCAGUUAUCUGUUCCUCGAACCCCUAAUCAUCUACAGAGAUCUUAUUCCAUAAUGGUGCCAGGUCUUUUUACCUAGUUUGUACAAUGCAGCUCUUCGGUGAUCGAUCACAUCUUUUUCAUACAAUGAGUAAGAUUGCAAAGAUUUUUCUGCACAUCAAUUUAAAUCUAUAGGACAAUUAAGAAUUGAUGGAAAAAUCCUAGAAUUUUAAUUUAAUAAAUUAAGCACAAUCAAGUAAUUGUGGUGGAAGGUGUGUAAUAGUGAGGCCAUGCACAGUUACAAAAGUGAACAAGCACAUUAAUUUCCCAUUCUUGCUUUUCACCCCCUCCUAGAAAAGAAAUCUUUGAAUUUUAGUGUUUUGAUCCUUUUAUUUUUCUAGAAGAUGGUUAAUUUUGUUUUCUAUUGUGCAUCCUGUUGCAAGUAAAUAAAGAAUUUACAAGUC